AUGCGUGGGCGGACUAGGCGGAUAGACUCAUUUGCAUGGCGUAUCCGCAAGACAGCAGCGCACACUGCUGGAGACUGCUCUUCAAGUAACGAGCGACGAGAUGAACGGCACUGUGCACGAAUUCAGCCCCAGAGCCAGCCGCACGUGCAGGGCCGUCAGCAAAUCGAACACACGAGCCGCAAACCACUGCAAUUGCGUCCUGGGUCGCUGCAGCUCAUGCAGAGCCCGCGCCGGUUUGAGUUGCUACUAUCAAGUCGUGGUGGCAGUGCUGGCGACCAGGUUGUCCGCGCUGCCUUACACCAUCUUACUUGCAAUCUGUCGCUUGUUGAGUGCUCAGAGGCCACAGUCGAAGCAAAUUCUCGUAUGCUCAGACUCGACCAGGCACGAAAACGCACCAUGUCGCGAGUAGCUCCCGAGAUGAGAACGAAGAGCAAACUAGGCGUCCGCCACGGCAGCCUUGCAGAGAUUGCAGAAAUAGCGGUCUCUUCGUAUCAGGCGCAACCUGUCGAAGACAGCAUUCCGAAACUCCCUCUCGAUGCCUCCUCAAAGGGCUCGGUUAUGCCGAUCUUGACUGUGUUUGACCUCCAAAAUUCGCACCUUGUCUUCCACGACAUCAAUGUCAACCCUUCUUUGCCUUUAGAGUCCCUUCAUCGUUUCAUCUUGGCAAGGCUAUACAACCCGAUAACGGGCUUCCUGCAGGAGUACGACAGGGCCACUGCAACCCAUCGUGUCUCACUAUCCACAGGCACCACUGUUGUUCCCCGCCGCUCCCAUCUUCAACCAACCACAAUUAUUCCCGAUUUAGUACUGGGUAUCACUAUUCAAUAUAGGCACAGCCUUGCCACUUCCCCGGAUAUGUCCCAUACUCCGUCACAAUUAUCUGUCUCCUCCAUUCAUGAGGUUGAAGUAGGCUUCGGGCAAAAGCUGCUGCAUCACCAGACGGCAGAUCCGGAGAAGGCACCGCCCCAUGAUUUACUUAAAUGGGAAUAUUACGAGAUGGGGUCCAAAUUCCUUAACGUCCGUGAAGUGGAAAUAGACUUUGCAAAAUGCGUGCCGGUAGCUGGAGAUAUGCCACUAUGGAUACAUAUGAAGAGUGCAUCUCAAAGACCACUCCCGUUCAAUCCAAUAAACAGAGCUUAUGCCAAAUCAAGGCACUCUUAUAGCAAAGUGACAGUCUCAAUUCGUGAUUUAACAAUAGGCCAGGAGAAUCAACUAGCCCCAUUCAAUACACUAUGA